GAGGAAAAGGAGAGAGAGAGAGGGAGAAAGGAAGCAAGGAAGAGGAGAAGAAAAGAGAAAUGGAAAAUAUUCGCCAUUAUUUUACUCGAGACUCAUGAGAUUGUCCAACCGAUGGAUUUUCAAAUUUUGUUUGUACUAUCUUAUAUUAACCUUAUAUCAAGUUGUUUUCCUUUCCUGAAUUGAUAACAUGGUUUGGUUUAUCUUUUCAUCGUUUUUUAUUUUCUGUUUACUACAUUCUGCCAACAGUGAUGGCCGCUGUCCAUCGACCUGUGAGUGUGUCUGGAAAAGUGGAAAGAUUACAGCUCAAUGUGUUGGUGCCAAUUUGAUGGUUGUACCUUCGGGUGCGUCUAAAAACCUUCAAGUUUUGGAUCUUUCAAAAAAUAACUUUCAAACUUUGCCUUCCAAAGUUUUCCAAGAAAGAGGAUUAAUCAAUUUACAGAAAAUUUUCCUCUCUGAAUGUAAACUUGGACGUUUAUCACCAGACACAUUUUUUCAACUCAACAACUUGGUUGAACUCGAUUUAAGUGUAAAUUUAUUAACUAGUGUUCCUUCGGAAUCUCUUAGCUAUGUUACUCGACUUCGUCGACUCAAUCUACAUAAAAAUCCUAUCCGUACAAUUGGAAAGGAUAGUUUCUCUGAGCUUACCAAUCUUGGUAUACUGGAUUUGAGUGAUUGUGAAAUUGAGAGCGUUGAAAAAGGGGCCUUCAAUGCUCUUAAAGCCUUGGAUCACAUUAAACUGGACGGCAACAGGCUGUCAACUCUACCAGAUGACGUUUUUAAUGACCUACCAAUAACCAAUAUCGGUUUACACAGAAACCCAUGGAAAUGUGAUUGUGAAGUUAGACCAAUUUUAGAGUACUUGAAUAAAUUUAAAAUUACACCCAGUGUGCCGCCAACAUGUGCAAGUCCGUCCAAAUUAGCUGGUUUAAUGUGGAACUCCUUGGAACUUUCAGCUUAUGCUUGCCCUCCGAUAAUCAAAGUUAGUGAGACUCAACAGCAAGCGAGAUUAGCUUCAAAUGUAUCAUUUGAAUGUAUUGUCAGCGCUAAUCCAUCCGCCAGAAUUAACUGGUCUGCUGGUGAACUCGGCGUCAACAGUUCUAUUACAAUCACUGAAGGUGAUAAAUUUUCUAUUAAUGAGGAAAUGAGAGUAGCUGAUUCAAUUUCAUCAACUUUGACCAUUCAUAAAAUUGAUAAUGAAGAUGCUAGACGUUAUUAUGUUUGUAUUGCAUCGAAUGAAGCAGAAACUGUUUCUCAAAACUUUACCAUCACUCUGAUCAACUCAGAUUUUACUCCUCAAUGGUCUAAAAUUGAAGUGAUUACUGGUGUUGUUAUUUCAAUUUUAGCUUUGAUUGUGGUUUUAGUUCUUGGUAUUCUAGUCAAAAUUAGGACUAGCAAGGAUACUUCCACACCAAAUAAUACUGUUAACACAGAUGAUAACUCUGUAAUUAUGCAAAAUAACAAACUUGAAAAGAAUUGUGUUGUCCAAACACCAGUCAUUGACUAUCUGCCGAAGGAGAGUUAUCAAGCUAAUGAUGGAACCAAUGGAGCAGUCAUAAUGAUAACUGACUUCCCACCGACUCAACUUUAUUAUAAUUAUGAAAAUUGUAAUAUUUUUCAACCUCAUCGUAUGCUACAUGAAACCGAUGAAGGAUAUUUUGAAAAUAAUUUUGUACCAUUCAUUUCCAACGAAACACUGUUGUGAAAACAUUUUUUUCGAAAAUUCCCUAUUUUUAACUUAUAAAUGACUUGUAUAAAAAAUUAUCAUUGCAAAUACACAUUGUAAUUAGACAUCAAAUUGAAUGUUAAUAUUUUUAUAAAUUACUUUGAUCAUCAA